AUGUCGGGGGGGAAGGCCCCGGGCGAGCCCAGCGCUCCCGGCGCGCCCCGAGCCCUCCUCUCCGGCGCACGGGGGCUUAUCGGACAGCGGCCGGCGCCACACCUCACCCCGGGCCGCCUUCCCUCCAUCCGCUCCAGGGAUCUCACCCUCGGGGGAGUCAAGAAGAAAACCUUCACCCCAAAUAUCAUCAGUCGGAAGAUCAAGGAAGAACCCAAGGAAGAAGUGACCAUUAAGAAGGAGAAGCGUGAAAGGGAUAGAGACCGACAGCGAGAGGGUCAUGGACGGGGCCGGGGUCGACCAGAAGUGAUCCAGUCCCAUUCCAUCUUUGAGCAGGGCCCAGCUGAAAUGAUGAAGAAAAAGGGGAACUGGGAUAAGACAGUGGAUGUGUCGGACAUGGGGCCCUCUCAUAUCAUCAACAUCAAAAAAGAGAAGAGAGAGACAGAUGAAGAAACAAAACAGAUCCUGCGCAUGCUGGAGAAGGAUGAUUUCAUCGAUGACCCUGGGCUGAGGAAUGACACUCGGAACAUGCCUGUACAGCUGCCUCUGGCUCACUCCGGGUGGUUGUUUAAGGAAGAGAAUGAAGAACCAGAUGUCAAACCUUGGCUGGCUGGCCCCAAGGAAGAGGACAUGGAGGUGGAUGUGCCUGCUGUGAAAGUAAAAGAGGAGCCACGAGAUGAGGAGGAGGAGGUCAAGAUGAAGGCUCCUCCCAGAGCAGCCAGAAAGACCCCGGGCCUCCCAAAGGACGUGUCUGUGGCAGAGCUGCUCAGGGAGCUGAGCCUUACGCAGGAGGAAGAGCUGCUGUUCCUCCAGCUGCCAGACACGCUCCCCGGCCAGCCGCCAACUCAGGACAUCAAGCCUAUCAAGACAGAGGUGCAGAGUGAGGAUGGACAGAUGGUGAUCGUGAAACAGGAGAAAGACCGGGAAGCCAGGCUGGCAGAGAAUGCUUGUACCCUGGCUGACCUGACAGAGGGUCAGGUUGGCAAGCUGCUCAUCCGCAAGUCAGGAAAGGUACAGCUCCUCCUGGGCAAGGUGACUCUGGAUGUAACCAUGGGAACCGCCUGCUCUUUCCUGCAGGAACUGGUGUCCGUGGGCCUUGGAGACAGUAGGACGGGGGACAUGACCGUCCUAGGACACGUAAAGCACAAACUUGUAUGUUCCCCCGAUUUUGAAUCCCUCUUGGAUCACAAACAACGGUAA